AUGUCUCCCAAUCUACUCCCUUCCGGGCAUGGCGACGACCAUGCCGACAAUGCUGACUAUUUCGCCAGAGCCUUUGAAGGCCAGCAGCCCGACGUGAAGGAGCAGGAUGCCACUCCCAAACCCUUUUCUGACGCCUGGAGGUUUACUCCCUCUCUCAUGGAUCCCAACUCUUACGCCUUCUCCGCCUUUGCCAACCAACCUCCGGGAUACUACACUCCCACCCCUGGCGGCUUUGGUACUCUCUAUCACCCUCAAGCCGGCGACCUUCACACGCCCGGUAUGGGAAUGAACACCCCGCUGUCGCUACCGCACUCUGUUCACGGGCUACACGCCCAGGACCACUUGAUGCAUCUCCAGCACUUCAAUCCCCAUCUUCUGCAUCAACCUCACCCCUUCCAGGAUCCUUUCCAUCCUCAGCAACCUCCUAUCCAUGUGCCGACCCAGCCACCACAGACGUUCGCUCCUCAGCAGUUCUUGCAGCAUCAGGACUCUGGCUAUGUCGCGAUGGACGAGACUCCCCAUAAGACGACCCCGACACAGGCCGAGAUGGGCAUUGAGCGACAGACCAUGAAUCAACCUAUGCGACAGUCGAUGUCUGGAAGCGUUGCCAUGACCAGUCUACCUUUGGGGGAAAAGUUUCGAUUUCACACGACACUGAAUGCUCCGACAGCGAUGGUCCGUCAUGCGGAUGAAAUCCCUAUCACCUACCUGAACAAAGGCCAGGCUUACACCAUGUCGAUUUGGGAUACCACUCCUCCCAUUCCGCAGAACACUCCUCUCAAGUAUCGUACUUACGUCCGAGUUUCCUUUGAAGACGAGCAGCAAAGAGCGCGACCUGGAGCAUGUUGGCAGUUGUGGAAGGAGGGCCGCGGUUCGAACGAAGCCCAUCAGCGGGGUGGGAGACUCCUGGCCGUGGAGUUCGUCGAACCAACCCUAAGUGGAGGCGAAGACGACUUGCGGAAAUCCCAAAUGCAACUCGAGAAAGCCUCAUUUGAUGGUUUCGCAGUCACCUGGUCUCCAAGUCCGGUCAACGGAAGUCCCGAUUGCUCCAUAUCAAUCCGUUUCAAUUUCUUGUCGACAGAUUUCAGCCAUUCUAAAGGGGUCAAAGGCAUACCAGUCCGACUGUGUGCCAAAACCGAGCUGCUCACCGCUCAGACAAGCGCCAGCAACGAGCCGGAGGUGUGCUAUUCCAAGGUCAAGCUUUUCCGUGAUCAUGGUGCAGAGCGCAAACUGUCGAAUGACGUUGCACAUGUGAAGAAAACAAUCGACAAGCUCAAACAGCAGAUUGCUCAAGCCGAAGCAGGCUUGGGAGGCUCUGGAAAGAGGAGAAGAAGCAGCUCAAUCGCAAAAGCCUCGGCGUCCAAACCUGGAAAAGUUGUCAAACACAAACGGACUUGGUCUGUUGACUCGGAAGCAGAGGGUGUCAAGUUCAACGCGGAAGAGGACCUUCAAAUGAAGCUGGUCAGCAUGCAAGAUAUGUUUUCUUCGACAAGACCCGUCAGCGUUUUGUUUUUGCGCGGUGACCCUGAAGAUGAUCCGGAUAUGCACCCUGUCAAGCUCCCCGGAGACGAUCCUGAAGGCAAAGAAAUUGUGCGGACCGGUACGUGGGAAUCGAGACACAGUGCAUCAGAUUCCCCCACGUCAAAUGCUGGUUCGCCAUCUUCGAGCUCUGCUUCACAGAACACCCCAAAGAGAAAAUUCUCCGACCUGCAACAGACUGCCAUCCUGGAAGAGGGAGAAAGCGAGUACGACCAUGAUCCCGCUGGAGGCGCCUCCGCCUCAAGACCAGUGAAGAUUCCAAAAACUGAGGCGGAAUCUGUCGCUAAACCGGAUCUUUUUGCUGUUGAUGUAGAUAGCAGCUAUCGGCCUCCUGUGGAAAGGCCUAUUCGGCCAGUUGCGUGCUUUUAUGUGCGCCAGAAAGACGCAGCUAAAGACUACUACCGCGCCAUAUACUUGAUGCAGCGCACCGUCAGAGACCUGAUCAACAACAUUGCGACAAAAUUCCAGAUCGACCCUCAGAGAAUUACUCAGGUCACACAUGUCAAUUCUCGCGGGCUUCACAUCAUCGUAGACGAGGAUGUUGUGAGAGAGCUCCCCGAGGGUCAAGAUAUGAUUGUUGAAUUCACAUCGCUCGACACCGAUCAACCGGUCAAACAAGAAUUCAUCGCGCCCGCAGCUACAGAGGUAAUGGUCGACGGCGAGAUGCCACCCGCGGAGUCUUUUAUUUCAGACCCGUUGGAGAUGUGGUUGAACUAUUGA